CGCAUCAUAUGAUUUCUCUUCACUCGAGAAAUAAAUAGCUGCUGCGGCGGCGACAGAACCCGCCUUCUUUUGCCGGAACCCUAAUUCCCAAUUCAGCUGCGGCGGCGGCAUUUCAUCAAAACCCUAAUCUCACUCCACCCGAGAUUCCAAGUGUAGUUUCUGUUUGAGCUGUCGUAGUAAGAAGUUGCUUUGUGAUCGAAAUGGAAUCUGAGGAUUUCAUUGCUCUCCCGGAUUCCGGUGACUCUGGCUUUGAGGAUGGCGAACUUAAUGAUGAGAAGGACGCUAAAGAGGUUGAUGCUCAACCUAUAAACUCUGAGGAUAAAGAAGAUAAACCAAACAGUGAGCGUGAGAGCAGUGCUCAACGCGAAGAAAGUGAAUGCAUACCAGAAGCAAGCCCUGCGAAUGAAUUGGUUGAUAACGAUUCAGAUAUGGAAAUUGAGGAUAUAAACAACCUCCCUGCUUUGACUAGUUCUGGUCCCAAGGAGGGGGAUGUUCAGAAUGUAAAUAUUGAUUUGCACUCUACAUUGUAUGAGAAUGGUCACCUUGCAGUUCAAGCUAAAAGAGGCGUAAAGAGGGCACGAACGACAGUUGACGAGCAGCAAGCUUCAGUGCGUGUAACAUAUAGUCACUUAACAAGAGCUAGUAAACACAAGCUUGAAGAACUGUUACAGCAGUGGUCAGAGUGGCAUGCCAAACAUGUUUCUUCAUCUCAAGAUACACCUCAAGUGUUAGAAUCAGGUGAAGAGACACUCUUUCCUGCUCUUCAUGUUGGCACAGAGAGGACGUCUGGGGUGUCUUUUUGGAUGGAUAACCAAACAGGGACAGCACAAAACAUGGAAUCGUUGCCUUUGGAUAGCAACUAUGCGCCUCUGUAUGAUCGUGGUUAUGCCUUAGGCUUGACUGUGGCUGGUAGUUCAACUAAUCAGGAGGGAGGCUUGGAGAUUAUAGAUGAUGCUAGCCGUUGUUUUAAUUGUGGUUCUUACAAUCACGCGUUGAGGGAAUGCCCCAAGCCUCGUGACCAUGUUGCUGUCAAUAAAGCCCGUAAACAGCUCAAGAUCAAGAAGAAUCAAACCCCUAAUUCUCGCAACUCAACUCGAUAUUAUCAGAAUUCUCCAGCUGGAAAAUACGAUGGUUUAAGGCCUGGUGCUCUUGAGGCUGAGACGAGGAAGCUUUUGGGUCUUGGGGAACUUGACCCACCUCCUUGGCUUAACAGAAUGCGAGAGAUUGGAUACCCGCCAGGAUAUUUAGAUGUAGAUGAUGAGGACCAGCCAUCAGGGAUAAUAAUAUACGGUGUUGAGGAAACUAAGGGGGAACAGGAGGAUGGAGAAAUCAUCGAAACUGACCUUCCUGAACCACCUGAGCCACGGAGGAAAAUGACAGUCGGAUUUCCAGGGAUGAAUGCACCAAUCCCAGAGAAUGCUGAUGAAAGACGCUGGACACCCAGUCCUUCGGUUUCAGAUCCGUCAAGGAACCACUCACACAAUAGGCCAAACCAUUAUUAUGAACCUGUCAGCAGAGGCCAUUAUCGUGAACAGAGGUGGUCUCGAGAUUAUAGAGAUGAUGGGCCUCCUGGUGUUGACCCGGGUUAUGGCCCAUCUAGUUAUUCUCCGAGAUAUGGGAGUUAUGAUUACAACUCCCGCAACACUAGUAAUGCUUCAGCGUCUAGAAGCCCUACCUUUGGAAGGUCCAACUCAGAGAGAGGUAGAAGAAGCAGUGAGUUUUCUUUUCCAUACUCACCCACCAGGGAUUCCGACUCCAAAUUCGAUUACUUGAGUAAUGAAAGCAAGAAUGACUAUGACCCUGAUAGUUCAAGUCAUAGUUGGGAUAGGGUAGAUAGGCAUCGCCAACACCGUAGGAGGUGAUGAUAGAGACAUGUAACAAGCAAUAGAUGUUUAUUUGAUGGGUGUUUUCAUAUGAUUGAAUUUGACCAGAGGGGUUUGUACAAAGAUCUAGGUGAGACUAGAUGAGUUUAGAUUGCUUUGGAUUAGUUUGUUGUAUGUUAUUCUCUAAAUGCAAGUACUAUUUCCAUUACUGCUUUUUGUUUCUAUGGUCAAGCUGUGGAACACUGUAAUUUUUUGUUGUCUUUUUGCAGUUCAAUAAACAGGAGGUGCAUGAGAAUGGACACCUUGUGUGUUUUGAGGAACAUUCUACUAAUUUUCAGAUUGCAACAGGUAGAAAUUGAUAUGAACAUGUUUACAGGGAACUGAAAAUUGUCCGUUGCUGUUUUAAGGAAGGAACUUGGCUGGUCACCUCUAAGCUGAUCUAAGCCAAUAAGGUGAGGACAUUGUUUAAUGGCUUGUUUACUUCAAAUCCAUAUAUAGUCCAGAAAAAUAAAAGCG